AUGAGUUCGAUUGAACUUCCACAGCUGAUGGACGACAAUUUGAUUACUCGGCGAAAAAAAAUUCUGCAAGCUAUCGAAGAUAUUCGUGGAAAAAAAUCUGAAAUAGCUCAAGCUCUCCGUGAAUUGGGAGUUGGAAAGCCACAAGAAAACGAAACAGUGAAAGAGAAUAUGAAACAACUUUUGGCAGCUUUUGAUGCGAUUUCAGCACAGGAGACGCAGUAUAUGGACAUUUUGAAAACUAUUGUCGGAAUUCAUGAACAAGCUACACUCGAUAUCGCCAAGGAUUUUGAGGAAAAAAUUCAAAAAGACGCGCAAAAAUUGAAAGAAAAGAAAGAAAAACAACAAGAAGAGGAGGAGAAUGCAGAAGACGAGAACGCCGAGAAGUCUCCCGAAGAAUUGGCGAACAGUGAAGUGAUGGCUGAACUUCAAGAAGCACUUCUUGAAUUGAAAAAAGUGUCAGAAGCGGCUGUUGCAGCAUCUGAACUGAACGAGAAACUAGUAGAAAGACUUCAAUUGACAAAGAAAAAGAAGAGUGCUAUGAUGGAGGUUCGUGCUAAAAAGGCAAAGGAUCUGGAUGAAGAAGCUGCGAGAGCGAGAGCUGAAGUGAUGGAGAGAAUCAAUAAAAUGGCUGCUCUCAAGAAGACAACUGGUAGACAAGAGAAAGAGUUGAAAGAACUCCAGAAGCAAUGUCUACAACUGGGUCUCCAGUUGGGUGUGGAAGAUAAUCAUGAGAUUGAUCCAAACGCAGAGCUCGCAGUUCUAGAUGAUAAUCAAAGAGUUCCUAUGAUCCCUGAGACUCACGAGAAGGCAGAACUGAAUGAAGAAGAAAAAGAGAAAAGAAGAGAAGAAAUCAGAGAAAAUAUUAAGAAAGAAAUGGAAAAAAAAGAACAAGUCACUGUUUUGAUUCGCGAGAAACUCGCGUCUAUGGGCGCAAGACACAAGAGACUUCAGCAAAUCAGAAAAAUGUUGGAAAAACACGAAGAACAGAAAGAACAACUUGAAGCAACUAUCGCUGCAUCACAAACUGGAGAAGGAAUCCCACUGACCCCAGAAGCUCGACUUCCAUCACAAGAAGAAGAAAACCCUGAAUCUGCUCCUAUUGCAACUUCAGAAGCUGGCGAGGUUGACGAUGAGGAUGAGCACGUCACGGAAAAGUCUCUGGAUGAUAUUUUGGCAAACGCCAAAGCCAAUUUGAGCAAUUUGACAGCAAUGAGAGAACGCCUAGAACAUAUCAAAGAAACAGGUGGUGCAGAUUUGAAUGAAGAAGAUGUGCAAUUGUUGCAGCAAUUGGAAGACGUUGCUCUGGAUUCAGAGGAAUCACAACAGCCUCCGAUCCAAAAGUUAUCAUCUCAAGCUGACCUCAUCAUGUGCAAGGAAUCAGAGGAAUCGGAAGAAAAGAAUAUUGAAGCCGCUGUUCGUGCUUCUUUCCACAAAAUCUUCCAACCAAAGCCCUUGAUUCUUUUCGAAAGUCAAAGAAAUCUUCUGAAUCAAGCUCGCCGAGCUGCGGUGGAAGAAAUGAUCAGAAAAAUUGACGAGAAGAGAACAUUUAUGUUCUUUAGAAUGUUUGGAGAUGAAUACGGUAGUUUGGUGAUUGUUGCUAUCGUUUCAACUGCAGCAAUUGUCGCGUUUUCAAGUAUCCUCAGAAAACGUCCAGUCAUCAUUAAUGCCGUCUUUGCCGUUGUCAUUUCAUUGGCAAUUUUAACAUUUUCAAGUUUUGUGAAUCGAUCAAUACUCGAAACUAUUGAACUCCUCUACCGUAUGGUGAUUGGUCCACAUGAUUCGUGGAAUAGAGUCUAUAUGGUUGCAUUUUGGUUGGCAAAUGUUGCAAUUUCUAUAAUUUUUUGUGUUUACGUAACAUCCACUGGAAGAAGUAGUACAGUUCAUAGGAAAUUCUUCCAUUUGACAGUAUCUCUCAUUUAUAUAUCUGGAAUACUUCUUGAUCCUCUUUUCUCUUGGUUGUGUGCCUGGCUUUGGCUUUGCAUAUUCGUCCUUCUCGAAUUGCUUCGAUAUCUGAAUGUUCCACCAUGGGGUACUGUACUAAAUGAGCAUUUACUGAUAUUCAAAGAUGCCCAAGAUUCCGAACUUCUUUUGACUCCAAUCUACUUACUCGUUGGCAUCUUUUUGCCUUUAAUGUGGUCUGGAACUGGAGGAGAGUCGAGCUUCGAACCGAAACUUGCUCAUUUCGCUGGAGUUGCAGCUGUGGGUAUCGGUGAUUCUAUGGCAGCUAUUGUUGGAUCCAAAUGGGGAAACACAAAAUGGACAGGAAGUCGCAAGUCAUUAGAAGGAACACUGGCAAUGCUCUUCUCAAUGCUCACAUUUCUUUUUGUCACUAAUUUCUUCAUUCAGGAAGCCUCAUCAACAAUCUCAAUUAUUGUCGCUUCUUUGGUUGCAUCAGUCUUGGAAGCUUUUCUUAAUUCAAUGGAUAAUUUCGUGCUUCCUGCUGUAACUUAUUUCAUCUUAUGA